UAUAUGGUUUAUACAAAAUACAAAAUGGGAUACACGAGGAACGCUUUGGGAUACGCAGACACCAAUUCAUUUUAUGCCUCUUUGAAUUCCAAUUCAAUUUGGAAAAUUGAGUUUCAUUUAUAAUUCAAUUUGAAAAAUUGAGUUUCAUUUAUAAUUGUUUUGGGAAUUAGAAAACCCUAUCUACACCAUGGCUUUACAAAUUCAUUCUUCUUCCCCUUUUAACUCAUUCAUGAUAUCUUUCUGUUUCCCCUUUCAAUUCAUUCACAAAUUGAAAACCUAUUUUCGUCACUCAUUCACAAAUUCUUUCUUCUUCCUCUUUCAACUUUUCCAUUCGAAUUUACAUCAAAGAUGGCGCGACCGAUUGAAUCCGUGAUGGACAUUAACGAUUCUAAAGAUUUGUGGAAGAUUGUUGUUCGUUGUAGACAUCUCUGGACUGUGAGAAGUUCGUCAAACAAAGAACACCUUGAACUAAUUUUGGUUGAUUCUAAGCUGGAUAUGAUACAAGCAAUUGUACCAUCCCAUCUGGUGUCGAAAUAUGUGGGCGAUCUUGCCGUAGGAGCUUCAUAUAUCAUGCAGAACUUUAAAGUCUCAAACAACGAUUUCUCCUUUAAGUCUACUACUCACGGAUACAAGUUGGUAUUUUGUGGUUCAACUUAUGUUAAGAAAACGGAACUCCCGGAGAUUCCUAUAGAUUAUUUCAACAUUCUUGGUUUGGCGUCCAUUGCUGAUGGAAAAUUUCAGCCUAAUGUAUUGGUUGACGUAGUUGGAGGAGUUACUGAAAUUCUGCAGACUCAGAUAAACUCAGAUAACAACAAAAGUAAGUUUGUGUUUAUGAUCACUGACAUGAGGUAUGAAAACAUUUGAGUUCGUAUACUCAAAAAAACUAUUUACAUUGUAUUCGUUUCCUUUUUGUUGGUUUCCAUUCUGUUAAAAAUCAUAAAGUGUUUUGCUUUUGUUUGUUGUGGUGUAAUUGAACCACAACAUCUUUGCUUUUUUUAUUGGUAGCAAAAUUGCCGUGCAGUGUACACUAUGGGGUAAUUUUGCAUUGCAAUUUUAUGAAUACUACAAGAACCAUGGGGAAGAUGUGAACAUUGUUGUUCUAUUACAAAACGCAAGGAUAAAGGCUGCGCAAGGAGGUUUUCCUUUAAAUGUAUCCAAUGCUUGGAGUGGCACAAAGCUGAUCAUUAAUGAUAUUAGUAAUGUUGAAAUUAAGAAGCUGAAGGAUAGCUUUCUUCAUCAAGUUUGCAAGUUGAAACAACUCAAACCUCACAGUAUUCCGAUUUUGAUAAAUUUAUAUGGAAGGUCGAAGUCAUUAGUUUGGCUGAGAUCGCGAUGCUUAAACAAGAAACAACAUGUGUCACCAUAGCGAAGUUGGAGAAGUUUGAAGUUGGUAAUUCCGGUUGGUAUUACGAUGGUUAUGCUGAAUGUACUAAGAGCGUCGCUGUAAAAGAUGGCAAACUUAAGUGCUAUGCAAAUCACAUAAGUUCUGAACCCGUGCCAAGGUACAAACUUGAAGUGUUGGGAGUUGAUGGUAAAUUCAAGUCUCGUUUCGUCUUUUGGGAUAGUGACUGUUUCAAGUUAAUUGGAAAAUCUGCUCUACAGAUGAAAAAUGAAUUAGUGGAGGCUGGUGAAGACAAUCCGUUAGAAUUCCCUUUUGGUCUUGAUGCUAUGUUGAAGAAGGAGUUGGCAAUUAGAGCUGUUUUUCAACCGAAAUUUAAUCGUCUUUCGGUUAUUAGCUUUAAAGACGAUGAAGAUUCACGUAAGAAAGUUAAGGACACCUUCAAGUCUCAUGAGGAUGUAUCGAAAAUUCCAAUUUCAUUGUCUUUCUCACAAGAUGAUAUGAAGAGUUUAUCGGAACCUUUAUCUGUAUCUGCUGAUUUCGACCCCAAUGCUGCGAAUUCUGUGAUGACCCCCUAUAAACGUAUAAAUCCUGAAGCGUCAGAAGAUGUUGAAAGUGUUCAACUUUCCUCUACGAAGACGAUGAAACCUGUAAAAAAGGAAGAUGGUCGAUAGAUGAUGAUUGAGUUAUUUGUAAUAUUUCAUGGAAUUUCAUAGUUUUGAUUUUGUUAUAUUUUAGUUUUAAAUCGACAAAUGUUUCAAGACAAUCCAAACUAUUUGGAAGUUGAUUUUUUGUCUAUCUUAUGCGUUUCAAUUAUGAUGUUUUUGGUUCUUCAAACAAAUAUAUCAGAAAUAAUGUUAUAGUUGUUUGGAUUAAAUCCUGAUUCUCAUCAUGGAAAUAAUAUAUCUCUUAUGUGAGACACAUUUUAGGAUCAAGUUUUAUAAUUGAAGCACUCUUGUAACAGUAUUUUGUUGUAGCAACAUUUAAUAGUCUA